AUGCGUGCGCUCUGUUUGUCCCUCCGCUCCUCCCGUCCUCGCUUUACAAACCUGGAUGUUGAUAGAGGGGACUCUGGGUUCAGAGUCCAGCCUGGAGCCGAACUCCGCUCCGCGGACUUACGGAGGUCGGACUGCGGCUCGGCGGCAGCGGCGAACGGCCGCAGCUCCCCGGAGGACGUGGUGGUGGUUCACGGCCGCAGGACCGCUAUCGGAAAGGCCAAGAGGGGAGGCUUUAAGGACACCACGCCUGACGAGCUGCUGAGCGCCGUGAUGUCGGCCGUGCUGAAAGACGUCGGACUGUCCCCUGAGCGGCUGGGAGACAUCUGUGUGGGUAACGUGCUCCAGCCCGGCGCUGGCGCUCUGAUGGCCCGAGUGGCUCACUUCCUCAGCGGCUUCCCUGAGUCGGUGCCCGUCUACACUGUGAACCGGCAGUGCUCGUCCGGCCUGCAGGCACUCUUUAACGUAGCAGGAGCCAUCAGGAGCAGAGCCAUCGACCUCGGCCUCGCCUGCGGCGUGGAGAGCAUGUCGCUGCGAGGGAUCGGUAACCCAGGCGACCUGAGCUCCAGGCUGACGGACAACAACAAAGCCAGAGACUGCAUCAUUCCCAUGGGCAUCACGUCGGAGAACGUGGCAGAGAGGUUUGGCGUCUCCAGAGAGAAGCAGGACGCCUUCGCUCUCCGCUCUCAGCAGAAUGCAGCGAGGGCACAGAGGGCGGGUCUGUUCAACCGCGAGAUCGUCCCCGUUACCACUAAGUUUGUGGACGACGAGGGCAAAGAGCGCCAGGUGACAGUCAGCAGAGACGAGGGCGUGAGACCGGGGACGACGCUGGAGGGGCUCGCCAAACUGCGGCCGGCCUUCAAGCCUGACGGCAGCACCACAGCAGGUAACUCUAGCCAGGUGAGUGACGGCGCGGCGGCCGUCCUGAUCGGUCGCAGGUCUGCGGUUGAGGCGCUGGGUCUCCCGGUGCUGGGGGUCCUGAGGGCCAGCGCGGUGGUGGGCGUCUCUCCUGAUGUGAUGGGGAUCGGACCGGCGUACGCCAUCCCUGCAGCUCUGCAGCAGGCAGGACUGUCUGUGGCGGAUAUCGAUGUGUUUGAAAUUAACGAGGCCUUCGCAAGUCAGGCGGUGUACUGCGUGGAGAAGCUGGGGAUCCCGCCGGAGAAGGUGAAUCCGAACGGCGGCGCCAUCGCUCUGGGUCACCCUCUGGGCUGCACCGGCGCCCGGCAGGUGGUGACACUGCUCAAUGAGCUCAAACGCAGAGGCAGGAGGGCAUACGGCGUCGUGUCCAUGUGCAUCGGGACCGGGAUGGGAGCUGCCGCCGUCUUUGAAUACCCCGGAGCGUAGCUGCUCAGACUGACCCGUCACCUGAAACGGAUCGAUCAGUCGAGACCCGUCACGUGACCUCAGUAUAAAUGGAGUUGCUUCUGUCUCGGUCGACCUUUAUGUUAAACUGUUAGAACAUUUCUAACCGCAGCUGAUUCAGUCCCUUUGUUUCCUGAUGACUGAUCAUUGAUAAAUCAGCAAAGAUCAAUAACUCACAUUUACUUCCUGCUAGCUGAGUUGCUCAGCACGAUUGUGACAUUCAAAGCUGCAUCAGGUCCAGCUCAGGUGUCCCUGCAGCUCUCUCAGGUGUCUCAGUGACGCUCUGAAGGACCGAUCCAAACUAAUGACUCUGCCUGUAAUCUCUGUAAGAAUAAAACAUUUCCACAUCA